AUGUCUCAGCAGUUUCUCUCGAAGUACUUCAAGAGGCCUGGGGAUACCAAUGAUGAUCCAGCUGGUAGCUCGAAAAAACCGGCGGCGAAGGAGAAAGUGAAGCGCCAGGCGAGUCCCCAGACAGGCAGCCCAGGAGACGCAGCUUCCGGAGGCAGCCGCUAUCGUGAGACAAGCGCGGCGAAGCGUAAGAAGGCGACUUCUUCCUCAGCCGGCGGGGAUACUAGGCGCAGCGCCGACUGGCAAUGCCCCAAAUGCACGUUCAACAAUCCAGCCGCAAAGCGAGCGUGCGAGAUGUGUGGGGGUCAUCAAGUGGUGGGUGGUACGGCGGCUCGGGAGGAAAUCGAGAUUUCCGGUUCAGAUUCAGAGGCCGAUGCCAACAGCAAGAGCGGUGGGAUUGGCGACGACGACGACGGAUCGGAUUUUGAAGACUUGCCGAUCGGGCGAAACCCCAAGCGCCCGCGUACGGGAGCGGGUGCGCAAGGAUCCAACAAGCCGACAUCCAGCAGCAGCCUCGGAAAGAACAAGGAGCGGCCUGCCGGGGGGAAACAAGAGCGGCCCGCCAACAAGCCGCCUGGGCAAUCUAAGCCGCCUCCCGCUGGCGGCGACACUUGUGUAUCCUUGCGUAAGGAAGGAGGGGCGGCAGCCUUGGAUGGCGCCAUGGAAGAAAUCCAGGAGAUAGGUGGGGAACGUGGCCGCGCCCGUGGUGGCGAUAGUUCAAGCAAAGGUAACCCUGAUGACAGCAGCAGCAGCAGCAGCAACUCAUCUCGCUUGGCGGUAUUUGGCGGCGGGCGAGGCUCAGGAGGGUCGUCUGCGGCGGUUUUCAGCGCCGACAGCUUUAACCUCGAGGAGGACGCGAGAAGAAGAAAGGAUUUUCAGGCGGGCUUGAGGGCUGCCUUGCCCGACGACAGCGACGACGGCCCUUCCGUUGCUGCUGCGGGUAGCGGUGGGAACAGCAGCACCGGUGACAACGGUGCUCCGGGUGGAGGGUUGGGUACGACAACAGGGGCAGGAGGAGGUGCGACGUCGUCUUCGUCGCGCGGAAAGGGGAAGGCCGCCGCCGCUGCUGCUGCCAGGGUGAAGCUGACGCCCAUGGAGCAACAAGUCGUCGAUCUGAAAGCGAAGCAUCCCGGGGUGCUGCUUCUGGUGGAGUGCGGCUACAGAUAUCGCUUCUUCGGCGACGAUGCCCUAGCUGCGGCCAAAGUGUUGCGCAUCUACGCACACAUGGACCACAACUUCCAGGUGGCCAGCGUGCCCACUUUCCGCCUUGCUGUACACCUCAGAAGGCUCGUGGACGCGGGAUACAAGGUUGGGGUCGUUCGUCAAGCCGAGUCCGCUGCGCUAAAGGCUGCCGGUUUGACGGAGACAGGCAAGAAGUCUGGCACCUUCAAGCGUGAGCUUGCCGCAGUCUUCUCCCAGGCUACAUGGGUAGAGGGAGCCGUGGAGGCCCUCAUGCCUUCAUCCUCGGGCUCCAACACCGGUACCGGCGGCAGAAGUGGCACCGAUGCAGGGAAAAGUGGGGGACAGGGAUCGUUCAGGAAGAUUGGUGGAGCUUGGCGACGGGUAGGAGGUUGGGGCAAGAAGGGCGGGAAAGGGGGUGGGGGUGGAGGAGGUGCCACGGAGGACAGCGACCAGCCAGGAGAGCCUCAGCCUCCUAGCGAGGCGGAUAUGGACGCGCCGUUGCCCCAACUUGAUCACGAAAGGUCAGAGCAGUGGCUCAUGUCCAUGUACGAGGAAGACGCCUCGCCCGGCGCCAGCACCGAAGGGGAGCCGCUCUCCAUCUCGAUCGCCCUGAACGACGGCGGCGGCGGUGGAGCGGAGAAGCAAGUGGAGAGAGUGCGGGUGGGUCUGAUAGCCGUGGACGUGAGGACCGGGAAGGUGGUGCACGAUGCGUUCGAGGAAGGUUCGGGACAGCGUCAGGAGCUGCACACUCGGCUGAGACAUCUGAGGCCGUUGGAGCUCCUGCUCCCCGGACCCCGGCUGUCGAAGGAGACGGAGGCAACAGUGGCGAGGUACUGCGAGUCGGCGGUGGAUGCCCGGGGGGACAGGCGGGUGGUGAGAACGGAGCGGCUCCCGCCGGAAGAUUUCUGCUUCGAGGCUGCUCAGGCGUCGUUGUCCAAGUACUACGGUAAGGGGAGAGGGUCGUCGAAGCCAGAUGCAAGCGAAGGCGAAAAGGAUGGCAAUGGCGAGGGCGGCGGUGAUGGCUGUGCGCCUGUGCUGACCCGGGUGCUUGAUCUCCCUCGCCCGGCUAUCUGCGCUCUGGGUCCCCUGAUGACCCACCUGGAGCGAUUCGGCCUGGACCGCUCACUGGCGUCGCCAGAUCUGUCGAGUUUUUCCAAGUCGCAGUACAUGACCCUCGACGCGGUGACUCUUCGCGACCUUGAGGUAUCUACCACGGUGGUAUUGCCACGCAAGGAUGCGAUUGUUUUUGUCGCAGCGUGUUGUCUCGUUUUGUCCGGGGUGACCUCAUUUUCCUCUCUUGUCCCGCCCGGGGAGGUGGGGGGCGCUGAGCAAAAGAUUGGCUCGUGGAGCACAGACAGCCGCGCACCUGAGGUCAUACCCUCUGUGCUGCAGUGUCAGGCGGACGGACGCGAGGCGGGGUCUCUGUUUUCGAUCCUUGACCGAACCCAGACUGCCUUCGGCCGUCGCGUGCUAGCUGGCUGGGUUCGACAACCCUUGCUGUCGCCAGAGGACAUCACCGCACGGCAGGACGCCGUGGAAGAGCUGGUGACUGACCCUCCUUCGGUGAUGGAACGCCUUCGACCGACCUUGCGAGACCUGAAGGACCUCGAUCCGGCCAUCGCAAGCUUGCACCACCGCAGGAUCCAGCCGAACCGUCUGCUCUCCCUGCUCGGGACCAUGCGCAAGGUGUUCGGAGUUUUCCACCCUCCCACGGCACGAGGUGCGGACGAGACCGAAGGGGCUGGGCCCUCGCAGCAGCGAGGUGGCCCAAGGUCGGUAGUGCUCUUGGAUGCUCUCGCUGACGUUCCAGCCAACAUGGCGCCGGUAAUCGCGCGGUACUUGGGGGAGCUAAACGCCGAAGCAGCUGCCUCGGAUGAUUAUGUGCGAGCGCUGGUCGAUGGCGAGAGUCUCUGCAAAGAGCUCAAGACAGCUGCAGAGGAAGAGGAAGCGGCCAAGGCAGACCUGGAAACGGAGCUGCAGUCUGUACGGACCAUCCUCCGGAAGCCAAGUCUCCAGUGGAAAACGCUGAGAACCGGAGCUACUAGCACUGUCGAGUACCUUGUGGAGCUCCGAAAGAGCGAGGCCAAGAAGCUGGUUCCGUCUGGCUGGAUGCAGGUUAGUCAAACGAAGGAUCUCGCCCGGUUCCACACCCCGGAAGUGUUGCGAUUGCAACAAGAGCUUCUCAGGGCCAGGGAGUCCCGCAACCUCGCCGCCAGGCAGGCAUGGGCAGAGCUUGUGUCACAGGUGGACGAGGAGUGCUACGCGGGGUUUCGAACAGCGGUCCAAGCCUUGGGCACGCUGGACGCCCUGCUCUCUCUUGCCGUGGUCGCAAAGUUGCCCGGCUAUGUUCGGCCAAACUACCGCCCCACGGCCGAUGCCAAGGGGGAUGAGAGUGGUGGCGAUGGUGGUAGUGACGACGAAGCCGAUGGUGUGGACGAGAUCGUGCUUCGAGGCGCGCGACACCCUACAGUGGAGCGCGUCCUGGAGGGAGGUUUCGUACCGAACGACGUCAGCCUUAGGAGAGGGGAGUGCUUGGUCGUGACCGGGCCCAACAUGGGAGGGAAAAGCAGCACCGUGAGGAUGGCGGCACUAAUUUGCAUCCUGGGACAGAUGGGGAGCUAUGUUGCAGCGGACUCUGCUGACAUGUACUGCUUGGACGGUGUCUACACCAGAAUGGGUGCCGGGGACGAUCUAGCCGCUGACAUGAGUACGUUCAUGGUGGAAUUGUGGCACACGAGUUACAUCAUCAAGCAAGCUACUCGGCGAUCCCUCGUUGUCCUUGAUGAGCUGGGUCGAGGAACCAGCACCCAUGACGGUGUUGCCAUCGCCCUCGCCACGCUUCGCCACGUCGUUCGAGACAUAGGGUGCGCCACUCUGUUCGUCACGCACUAUCCUCAGGUCGCUGACCUCGCUUCGGAUAAGUCUCUGAGUGGCACCGUGAGAAACGCGCACAUGUCGUUCAUUGAGGACUCGGCCGCUGCUUCCACUGAAGAACCGCCGGUAAACGAAGAAGAAGUCAGCGAAAGUGCCGGUGGCGGUGGCGUUGGGAACCCCAAACGGAACGCAGAGGCGCGCGGUGUAACCUUCCUGUACCGGCUCGUGGUUGGCCAAGCCCACAAGAGCUAUGGGCUGAAUGUUGCACGGGCGGCGGGCAUGGACGAAGCGCUCAUCGACCUCGCCGCGAGAAAGUCGGCCGAAAUGCGAGACAGGUCUCACGAGGUCAGCGCGAAGCAGAAAGGGAGCUGA